AAGUCUGCGAAAGCGUGUCUCGGGGAAUGGUCUCCGUCGGUUUCUCUCUGAAGUGUAUUAAUUAACUGUUUAUCGUACGACGGGUUCCAAUCUGAGGUUUAAUAGCGGAUAGAGGCGAACCAUGGCGGAGUAUCUCGCGUCCAUUUUCGGUACCGAGAAAGACAAAGUAAACUGCUCCUUUUAUUUUAAAAUCGGAGCUUGCAGGCACGGAGAUAGGUGCUCACGUAUACACAACAAACCUACGUUCAGCCAGACAUGCUUGCUUCAAAAUCUUUACGUCAAUCCGCAAAAUUCUGCCAAGAGCGCCGAUGGUUCACAUUUGGUAGCUAAUGUUUCUGAUGAAGAGAUGCAGGAGCAUUACGACAACUUUUUCGAAGAUGUAUUUGUCGAGUGCGAAGAUAAGUAUGGGGAAAUAGAAGAGAUGAACGUAUGUGAUAACCUCGGAGACCAUCUUGUUGGUAAUGUCUACAUUAAAUUUCGGAGAGAAGAAGACGCAGAAAAAGCAGUCAAUGAUUUGAACAACCGGUGGUUCGGUGGAAGGCCUGUUUACGCCGAACUUUCACCCGUGACAGACUUCAGGGAAGCUUGCUGCAGACAGUAUGAGAUGGGAUUAUCCAUUCCAGUCGGUGAUGGUGGAGAAAUCAAGAAUGAAUCUGCAAUCGGAGAAUGCACCCGUUCUGGAUUUUGCAACUUCAUGCAUCUGAAACCAAUUUCAAGAGAGUUGCGCCGUUACUUGUACAGCCGCAAGAAGGGCGGUAAGGGUGGCGGUGGUGGCGGAGGUGGAGGUGGUGGUGGCGGCGGAGGUGGCGGUGGUGGCGGCGGUGGUCGUUCAAGAUCUCGAUCAAAGUCACGAGGCCGUACCGAUCGCAAGCGUAGAUCUCGCUCUCGCGAGAGAAGAUCAAGAUCCAAGGAUCGUAACCGCAAGGGAAGGGAUGAUAAGGGGCGCGACGGAAGAUCUGGUCGCUAUUGAUGUAACUCUUUUCUAAAUCCAACUGAAAUUUCACUACCUUUUAAUUUUCGAUGUAUCAAAGUUGUUAGAAGCAUCUUUAAGAUCUGUGCAGCAAGUUUCGAAAACUGAAGAAAGGAAAUGAACCUUAUCAGUUCUUGCAGCAGAAAAACAUAGUUUCAGUUACAGAAUUUAUCACGGCGUCGUGGUACCAAUAAGUUUAUCAAGUUAAUAACUGCAUUUCAACAACGUUCACGUGUAGAAUAAAUCUUUUAGUCGUAAAAUAUCAAUAUGUAUUGUAACUAGUAUUAAUUUGAAUGUCAUAUUGUGAACUGAUCCUUAGUCAGUUAUUGUAAAUCAACAGCCUGUGAGAGAAUAAACAAUACUUGAAAUGUA